CCAUUGCUCUGAAUGGUGUGGAGGAUGUCCGAACUGUGCUGGAGCACUACGCCCUGGAGGAAGACCCACUGGAGGCUUUCAAGCAGCGGCAAAGCCGGCUGGAGCAGGGUCCCCUGGAGCCGGCGGCUGCCCGAAGGGGCGGAGCUGUCCUCUCAGAUAUAAGGCUCCGGAGCCAGCAGCUGCAGCUCCCAAGACCUCCGGAAGGCCAUGGUCUCCCCGCAGAUGCCCCAGCUCCUCUCCCCGACGGUGAUCCUGGCGCUCUUUUUCCUUCCCCAGACACGGCCGGCCGGCGUCUUCGAGCUGCAGAUCCACUCUUUUGGGCCGGGAUCAGGCCCGGGCGCCCCGCGGUCCCCCUGCAAGGCCGGGGACACCUGCCGCCUCUUCUUCAGGGUUUGCCUGAAGCCAGGGAUCUCCGAGGAGGCCGCCGAGUCUCCGUGCACCCUGGGCGCGGCGCUGAGUGCGCGCGGACCGGUCUACACUGCGCAGCCCGGAGCGCCAGCGCCUGACUUGCCGCUGCCAGACGGCCUCAUGCGCGUGCCCUUCCGGGACGCCUGGCCGGGCACCUUCUCUCUCAUCAUUGAAACCUGGAGAGAGGAGUUAGGAGAACAGAUUGGAGGGCCCGCUUGGAGCCUGCUGGCGCGCGUGGCGGGCCGGCGUCGCCUGGCGGCCGGGAGCCCGUGGGCCUGGGACGUGCAGCGCGCAGGCGCCUGGGAGCUGCGCUUCUCCUACCGCGCGCGCUGCGAGCCGCCGGCCGUUGGGGCCGCGUGCGCGCGCCUCUGCCGCUCGCGCGGCGCCCCCUCGCGGUGUGGCCCGGAACUGCGCCCCUGCCCGCAGAUUGAGGACAAAUGCGAGGCACCGCCGGCAUGUCGAGCAGGCUGCAGCCCAGAGCACGGCUUCUGUGAGCAGCCCGAUGAAUGUCGAUGCCUGGAGGGCUGGACUGGGCCCCUCUGCACAAUCCCUGUCUCCACCAGCAGCUGCCUCAGCCCCAGGGGCCCAUCCUCUGCUACCACUGGAUGCCUCGUACCCGGGCCUGGGCCCUGUGAUGGGAAUCCGUGUGCCAACGGAGGCAGCUGUAGUGAGACCCCGGGGUCCUUCGAAUGCACCUGUCCCCGUGGGUUCUACGGGUUGCGGUGUGAGGUGAGCGGGGUGACAUGUGCGGAUGGACCUUGCUUCAAUGGCGGCUUGUGUGUGGGAGGUGCGGACCCCGACUCUGCCUACAUCUGCCGUUGCCCGCCUGGUUUCCAAGGCUCCAAUUGUGAGAAGAGGGUAGACCGGUGCAGCCUGCAGCCAUGCCGGAAUGGCGGGCUCUGCCUGGAUCUGGGCCACGCCCUGCGCUGCCGCUGCCGCGCGGGCUUCGCGGGGCCACGCUGCGAACACGACCUGGAUGACUGCGCCAGCCGCGCCUGCGCCAACGGCGGCACCUGCCUGGAGGGCGGCGGCGCGCGCCGCUGCUCCUGCGCGCUGGGCUUCGGUGGCCGCGACUGCCGCGAGCGCGCCGACCCAUGCGCCGCGCGCCCCUGCGCCCACGGCGGGCGCUGCUACGCGCAUUUCUCCGGUCUCGUCUGCGCCUGCGCGCCCGGCUACAUGGGCGCGCGAUGCGAGUUCCCGGUUCACCCCGACGGCGCAGGCGCGUUGCCCGUGGCUCCGCCGGGUCUGAGGUCCGGGGACCCGCAGCGUUUCCUUUUGCCACCGGCUUUAGGACUGCUGGUGGCCGCAGGCUUGGCCGGCUCUGCGCUCUUGCUGGUCCACGUGCGACGCCGUGGCCCUGGCCGGGAUACUGGAUCUCGCUUGCUGGCGGGGACACCGGAGCCAUCGGUCCACGCGCUCCCUGAUGCACUCAACAACAUGAGGACGCGGGAAGGUGCCGGGGAUGGCCCGAGCCCGUCCUCAGAUUGGAAUCGCCCUGAAGAUGGAGACGCUCGUUCGGUUUACGUCAUAUCUGCUCCUUGUAUCUAUGCUCGGGAGGCCUGAGCUGCCCCUUCUCCAUCAGCACCUGGGGACAGAACAUGGAUAUUUUUGUAUUCUCUGCUUCAGACACUUUGGAGUUCAAGCUGGAAGAGGUGAAGGGGAGGGUUUUACCAUUGGACGUUGUACAUAAUGGUUAUUUAUAUCCUAUCUUUUUCUUUCCCCAUCUCUCCAGAGACAUCUAUAAAGGCUCUUAGUUUGAUCAGCUUUGA